AUGUCGCUCUAUUAUGUAGUUAUUUAUCGAAUCCGAAUUCCAUCGCUUUGCAGAUUGUCGUUAGAAGAACUAUCACCAUGUCCCUUAUGUUAUUUACUCAUUAUUUACUCGGCUAUGUUGGUAAGUACGGCUAUGUGUUCGAUAGGACUGGCUCUGGCUCUAUGUUCUGUUUACAUAUUCACUCGUCGGCAUAUGCGGAGUGCCGUUUCGACAUAUCUAGCUGCGUUGAGUAUAAGUGAUAGUUGUCUUCUAUCAUUGGGCAUUAUAUUCGCAAUUAAUUCGUCGAUUCCGCCAAGUCGACAGAGCGAAUCGUUCUAUUCGUCGUACCUUCACAAGCAUCUUUUCCCUUAUGUCUAUGCUUGUAUCAUUUGGUUUCAAUUCACGAGCGUUUGGAUAACGAUCGGCUUCGCCGUCGAUCGUUGGUUCGCAAUCAAAUGGCCAAUGCUGCAUUACACGUACAGUUCUAAACGCGCAUGUUAUAUUGUUGUGACAAUCUAUUGUUUGGGUUUUAUUUAUUCCUUACCGAGAUUUUUCGAAUACAAAACUGGAGUUGAACGAGUGAAUUUUACAAAUUUCGAAAACGAAACCGAAUUCGUCGAUUACACUGUGAUAGAAAACAAAUUACAAAAGAGUCCCAUUUACCAAUAUACGGUCCAUCUAAUUUUGUACAGUCUUUUCCAAAGCAUUCUUCCACUAUUGAUGCUAUCGUAUUUCAAUGUUGAACUCAUUCGAAGUGUCAAUGCCAGUUCGCAUUUUCUUCAACGUUGUACAUCUACGUACAGACAAACGGCACGUACCGGCGGUGAAACAAGUUCCACACGUUAUCGAGAGGGCGUUAUUACGCGUUCAGUCAUAUGUCUAAUCGGUCUGUUCAUCUUGUGUCAAGUACCUGCAUCCAUACUUAAUUAUAUUUAUUUAUUUUACCGAAAUUAUCAAUGGUUAUAUAUCUGUUAUGACAUAUCAAACUUUCUUAUUCUAUUAAACAGCGCCGUUAACUUCUUCAUCUUUACAUGUUUCAAUCGGAAAUUUCGCCGCGAACUAGCUCGCGUUUGUUUUUACACACGAAAUCGAAGUGGUUUCUUUCGUACAACGAGCAAUCAAUCUCUUAAACGUACAAGCUCGCAGCAUCAUGGCGGACAACGAAAUCAGUUCGAUAAUGUUCAUCCUAAUUACUGGGAAUACCAACAACGUCUAAAUAGCAUCGGUACAGGCUACACUCCGGCCAAGUCAUCCAAAUCCGAUUAUCAAUUGAAUACACUCUAUCAACGUUCUGAUUCUUUAGUAAACAUUCCAACGACUAAUCAAAUUAAAUACGGCCGGUAUUCCGUGUGCGAGUUCAACCAGAAAAAGUCAUCGUUUAUCAACAACAAAGAUCAUAAAUCGACGAAUUUUGCCUAUCAAAAAACGAAAUCUAAAAACAAAGAUGUUUAUCCAAGUCAUACGAGUGAAAAGUAUUCAGUGAAGCCUACGAAGUAUCCGUUGUCUAAUCUUCGUACGCGAAAUAAUUCUUAUAAUCGUGCUCAACCAUUACAUUAUGUUAAUUGCCGUCGUGAUGAUUACCAGCAGUCGCUUUCGAAACAGUCCUCAUCAACCACAUCGAAUUACACGCGCUCAACAGUGAAUGUCAGUUCAGAGAGUUCGGGUCUAAUUGAUCAACAUAAAAUCAUUUUGACAUUAGCAUCGAAUCAAAUCGAACCGUUUAAUCUUAUCUACCGAAAAUAA